AUCUCUUAGAAUCCCAGGAAAAUGUCGGAAUUGGUUUCCUCGUCGCGGCACUGCUGCUUCCGACCCGUGACCCACUGCAUCUUCGAGCUGGACGGCCUCCUGCUCGACAGCGAGCGCCUGAACACGCGGGCGGUGCAGCAGAUCCUCGACCCCUUCGGCCACAUCUACGGGUUCGACCUGAAGCUGCGGUGCAUGGGCAAGCCCUCCCCGGAGUCGGCGGACAUGAUCAUCGACAGCUACGGCCUGCCCCUCAGCCGCACGCAGUUCCAGCGCCUCCACAGGCUCCACACUCGGAACCACUUGGGGUCCGUGGGCCUGAUGCCCGGCGCGGAGCGCCUCCUGCGCCACCUGCACGCCUCCCACGUGCCCAUGGCCCUGGAGACGAGCGGCAGUCGAGAGUCGUACGACCUCAAGGUGCGUCCCCACGCCCAGCUCUUCGAGGUCUUCCAGCACGCGGUCGUCGGCGGCUCCGACUCGGAGGUGAAGCGGUGCAAGCCCUCUCCGGAUAUAUUCCUCACAGCCGCCGCUCGCUUCAAGGAUCCCCCGGAGCCGGAGAACUGCCUGGUGCUGGAGUCCUCGCUACUGGGCAUGGAGGCUGCCUUGGCCGCCGGCAUGCAGGUUGUGCUCGUGCCGGAUCCCCUGCUCUCCAUUCGACUCAGUGCUCCGGCCACACUGAGGCUCCGCUCGCUGGAGGCCUUCAGGCCGCAGUACUUUGGACUGCCCCCCUUCUGAAGAGACCUGCAGAGUGCCUCCUGCAGGCGAAUCCACAGCAGACGAUGCUUCCUUCAGAACUCUCAAAGAAGAAAGAAAAGGGAGUGGGGCUAUGUUUCUGGCCAUUCAAAAUGUGUAGCGGACGAACCUUCAGAAUUCCUUCAGAGACGGAUACACAAGAGGAAAGCGGUGAGUAGCCCUCCAGGGGCCUCUUCGAUGGUCCACGUCCAGGCCCCACCAAAGCCAAGGGAGACAUCCUGGAUGUUGGCUGGCAGUGAGUUUGGGGCUCGCGGCGGCGACUGGCAACGGGCUGAUCGGCAGAUGAUGCCUGUACUGAGAAGCUCUAGAAUACAUUUUGAAUCCACUGAAUUCUAGCACUCCUUCCAUAGGCAACUGUUUGUUGGCGUCACUGCCGGUGAGCGCAGCGGAGAGGCCCGACCCCAUUGUUGUUUUUUACAAAGGAAUGUUGCCAGAGUCCAAUGUCAAAGGGCAAUCAUGGCGGGAACGCUUUAUUGAGCAGUGCCACAGAUAAUUUAUCGGAGAUCACAAAAUUAUUCGCAAUUUCCAGGCUUUGUGGUAUCGAUAGCUCUCGAUACUUGAGUAGAUAUCUAUUAAUGAAAUGAAAAUAAGAAUGUUUUGGGAUAGUUUAAUGUCUAUGGUGUCUUUGGAGUUUAUUUCAAGCGGGAAUAUUCAUUGGGGGGAUGAUCCAGAGUACCCUCAAGUAGUACCCGAUAAAUACUAUUUUUCGAUGUGACCAUUUUCCCCCCCUCCAUGGCGCUAAUUUUCCCCAAACGCGUGGCUUCUUCUUCAUCUGAAUUUUUCCUUCCAAUUGGCAAGUAAUUUGUGACUUUGCGUUUCCUUCUUCACCGCUUGUGAUCAAUCCAGAAUGAAUCAAGACUCUGCGCAGCAAAAUGCCUCCAAUGAGGCCGCCAACGAGGCCGCCAACGAGGCCUCCAACGAGGCCUCCAACGAGCCCUCCGAAUUGGAGAAGUUCGUCAAUUUAAUCCUGUUUGACAAACUUCCCUCAAAUUACACUCCACGUCUGUACUGGAAGAUGUUGCAGUCCGGACCCGGCCCGUCGCCGGAUGUCGAGGAUGGCCCAGCCGCCAAGCCGAAGACCGAGGCUCUAGAGGGUGACUCGCGGGAAUGCCCUCAUUGUGGAGCACCAAGCGCCAAACUUUUCAAACGUGAAUAACUUGAGGAGGAGCCACCACUGGAUCGACGUUAAUCGGUUCACUCACAGACUUGAACUCAAUAACGAAAUGUUCCUUAAACUCUCAAUAAAUAUACUUAUUCCUGGACUAUGCAAA